AAUUACUCUGGGAAGUAAAAGGCACAAGAGAAAAAAGCCCAGAGAUGGUAUUUGGCCUCAUUUUAUCAGGACACUCAAUCUUAAUUUAGAGAAAGAAAGAAGAGCUUUUUUAGUGUGACAAGCAUGAGAACUGGAAAGAAGUACAGAGUUUUUCAGACAAGCCUGUUUUUGUAAAUUUGCAGGUUACUAUGCUCUUGUUUCUAUGCAGGCGGGGUUGUAGGUCAGGUGUGUUUGUGUCUAUAAAUCCACACCCAUUUUCAACCAGAAACAUCCAGAGUACACUUCCAACAAGUUCACUGGCCAGUUCAGGAUGGGGAGAUGACAUCACUUGGGUUCAAACUUACGAAGAAGGUCUUUUUCAUGCUCAAAAAAGUAACAAGCCAUUGAUGGUUAUUCAUCACUUGGAGGAUUGUCAAUACUGCCAAGCACUAAAAAAAGUAUUUGCCCAAGAUGAAGAAAUACAAGAACUGGCUCAGAACAAUUUCAUUAUGCUGAAUCUCAUGCAUGAGACUACCGAUAAGAAUUUAUCACCUGAUGGGCAAUACGUGCCUAGAAUCAUGUUUGUGGAUCCUUCUUUAACAGUCAGAGCUGAUAUAACUGGAAGAUACUCUAAUAGACUGUAUACAUAUGAGCCUCAGGAUUUACCAGUAUUGAUCGAAAACAUGAAGAAAGCACUAAGACUUAUUCAAUCAGAGUUAUAAGGGAUGACAGAAAAAUGGCCUUUGCUUCUAAGAGAUCAAAUGUCAUGAAAUAAACCUCUGACUCAUUGACAAAUACUAUGUGUGCAAAGUAAAUGUAUUUUGUAACAGUAACUAUUAUUUAGAUUUUUAAAUGUGUUUGUAAUAUUCUUAUGAAGGUAAAAUGAUAUUUCAAU